GACGCCGAGCCGAUCAGCAGUACGGUGCUCGCUGGAUGCGACUGUUUCGCGUUAGUGAUGAUCAAAACGAGUUGUCGUCGUCGUUGUUUGUGGCAUUUCGCGAAGUCGAAGAAGCCGUGAUCCGUGAUCAAAAGCUCGAGACGGAGAAGAGGCCGAGGACACGCAUCGUCUCUCGUUGCCGCGGCCACGGAUGCAUAUGGAGAGAUUCUGCUAGUUUGAGAGAUUCUGCUGAUUAUACCAGUCAGGGCAAUGGCUUUUAUAAUCAUUAAAUUGUGUUGCUCAUGGUUAAAAUAAGAGUUACUCUCAUGCGUCAGAAAUAAUACAGCAGGAAGCGUGUCCACCAAUUGUGUCACACAGACUGCUAAUUCUGCGCGCUGCCAUAAACCUGAAAAGUGAAGUAGUACCGUUAUUGCAAGGCCACGACGAAUCAUUGUUUCGAUUGACUCAAGCUGGAAAAAAAAGAGAGCAAGUGGGACGGAAAGAAAGAGAGAGAGGGAACGUAAACGAAGAAAAGGACGCGACGAAGAAGGAUUGAAGAAGAAAAAAAAGGAUUAAAACCACAGAAGUCUGGUGUCUAAAUUCAAAUAAGAGGUGUCCCCGAACCGGCGCUGUCUGAACCAGCUCAACAGCUGAUCGGAGUACGAAGCGGCGGUGAACGGGGCCACUAUUGCACCACCACCCCGCGAUUUGGAGAAAUUCGUUAUAUUAAUCGGCCGCUGGUUGUUAACGGCCAAACGUUUCCACGAACAAGAGGAGAAGACGACGAGCAGGAAAAAAAAGUGGCGUUUUGACACUUGAUAAAACGAGGGAAGAAAAUCAACGACGACGACGACGACCACGACGAAGACGACCACGACGACGACGACGACGACGACGACGACGACGACGACGACGACGAAGAAGAAGAAAACAAGGGCGAAGUUUCCUUUGCUUGCUUGGACACGCCAUCAUGGUCAAAACUUUUCAAGCAUACCUGCCCUCGUGUCACCGCACUUACUCGUGCAUUCACUGCCGUGCUCACCUCGCCAACCACGACGAACUCAUCUCUAAGUCCUUCCAGGGCAGUCAAGGUCGUGCCUAUCUCUUUAAUUCCGUGGUGAACGUGGGCUGUGGUCCUGCGGAAGAGCGAGUUCUCUUAACUGGCCUUCAUGCUGUCGCUGAUAUUUAUUGCGAGUGUUGCAAGACCACCCUUGGGUGGAAAUACGAGCAUGCGUUCGAGUCGAGUCAAAAAUAUAAAGAAGGAAAGUUUAUAAUCGAGCUUGCUCAUAUGAUCAAGGAGAAUGGAUGGGAAUAGAUUGAGUUGGGGGUAAUCUACUACAGCAAAAGAAAGAGAAUACCUCUAUAAAAAAUAUACGAGGCCCAUCAAAACUUUUCCUGAUAUAAGAAUAAUGCCUACAAUGUUGUUCUAAUUGCAAUGUGCGGCCCCCUCCCCUCUGUCAAACCACCAACGAAAGUCUGUGAUUUCAUUUGUGAUUUGUAAUCUUAGUAACUUUUUAUGUUUCGGACAAUUCGACGCUGUUUUUCGUUCUUUCCGAUCGAUUCAUCAUACAAGCGAUGACACUGGUGAUCCGCGGCGUCGCGGAUCGAUCAUACAAGGAAGUAUUGUAAAGAGAAAGAAAAAAAAAAAAAUUAUUUUUCAACAAACUAAAAAAAGAAAAAGAAAAAAGACGGGAAACAAGAAAGAAAGAAAAAAACAUAUAGAAUAUAAGGGAUAAAAAAAAAAAAGAAAAAAAAAUGAUAAUGAUGAUAAUAAGCGAUGGUGAAUACGAUGACGAAGGUGCCAUGGUGGAAGUAAAAGUAGAGAAUCGCUCUGUUCGAACAAUGGGGUGCCCCCCUAAUUUUAAUUCAUUAUCUUUCUAGACAUUUUAUUGUGAAUGUCGCAAUGAUAAAUAUUAAAAAUUAACGCGUGGGGCACCCCGAUGAAAAAAUCAAGUUUUUUAAUCCGUUAUUGCACCGGAGCAGCGCAAGUGCCACGGACUUUGCUGGACUGACUGCCUGCCCGCCGCGUCUAUCAUUGGAAUUUCACUGCCGAUAUUCCUAAUAUUAAUUAAGAUGACUGUGCCGCAUAGUAGGCGACGCAGCUGGUAGUUUUUAGAAUAGCUUACAAGUAUAGCAUACUAAAGCCUAUGUUAAAAUAUUAUAGGACCUCAUGGAUAUAGAAAAUAAGGAUGGUGUGAAACGGAAAUUGAGAGAAUGAAAGACGGAGUGAAUGUCUUACAUGUAUGCUGUGUGCAAGAGAAAAAAAUGAAGAAAGAAAAAGGUUUGGUUAAUUGUAUCGUGUGUACAUGUUUGAUUUUAUGUUCACCAUGCCUGCCAAACUGUCUGUUUAUCUGCCAGUCGCCAUUACUGUUAGUGGAAAAAAAAAGAAGUAACGUAUUCUAACAUGUUCACGUUUUUGUCGGCUCUGCAAGGUGUGGUAUGACUGAAUCUUUUUGUCGUGAAUAAAAAUAUUAUUGGACUGCGCCUUCUUAUGCACGCACUAUAGAAUAUAUAAUAUUGAAGAAAGAAAAAUGAAAAAAAGAGUUUAAAAACAAAACAAAUUAAUUGCUCAUUAUUUUUAAUAUCGAUCUCAUUUGUAAAUAUUAAAUAGAGUUCAGUGACAUCGCAGAUCACUAUUUUACUCGAAGCCCAAAUGUAUGAUUGAUUUUCGUCGGUCAUUAAAUGAAAAAAAUUUUAUUACAAUACUGAUUUAUCAUUUUCACGCUAAACCAUUAUAUAAUGACGUAGCGACAUUUUAACAUAAUUAAUUUUUUUUUAUUAGGACAUCAUAUUUUUGAGACUGUUUGUGUAAAUGAAAUGGUGUAAACUAAUUUUUAGGCGGCUUUUAAUGUUACCUUCGUUAUUUUUCUUUUAAAUUUUGAAAUGAUUAAAAUUGAAGUUAUUUAUUUUAAGCAUGGAGAUCACAACAUUUGUGAUAUAUCAAUAAUCGAAUUUUAAAAUUAAAAUAAAAAGUAUUCAUUAUUUUUUUUGUUUUACAUCGAAACGAAGGUAGCAAAAUGUGCAGGCGUGAAAAACAUUUAAUUUUUAUUUUUUAAUAACAAUAAAUAUAUCAAGCAAAAUAUAAUUGUGAAAUAAAUGUACAAAAAAUUGGUCAUUUUUUAUUAUGCUAGAUUUAUUGAAAAAAUGCAAAUUGAGUAAUGGAUAUAAAAAUUUGGUGGGGUAAUUAUUAAAAUAUCUAAGGAAAGUCAUGUUUAUCAUUUAAAAUGCAUACAUAUGAAAGUGCAGUGUGAAUAUUUAGAAACGUAAUGAAUGAAUGUGCCGGCCUAAUUCUUCAUGCUGUCUCUUAAAGAGUACUUUUUAUAUUACUGUGCCGAUGCCCUUUUACCCGCACUCACUUUUCCAGAAAUCUUGUUGAAUUGUCCCCACCAACACUAAUUCCGUAGUUUUCAGCCUCCACAACAUCCACCAUUUCCACCAUUACACAAUUUUGCUUUGUAAAACAUGUUCAUAAUAAAAAAGAAAUACAAGGUAUUUAAUCGAAA